AAGACGCGACCAGAACUCGAAGCGCUUAUCUGACGGUGCGAACAACUUGGAUUUCAUUCAUACAAAGGAUCUGUUCCUAAUUUCAUUCUGUAUUCAUCAUUCACGAGCCAAAUAAGGUUGGACCUUGCGUGCGACCCACAGCUGGGCGCCGGGUAAUGUUACGUACGGGAUAACGUCGUAAACUUCCAAUUGCUCCAACAAUGUGGAGUGCUGCCCUUGGAGCACUCGGCAGAUCGUCUGGUCCAGCGUUUGGGUACUCCCUAGGCGAACGGAUCGGCGCCCACGAGGACUCAAUCUGGACUGUUCACCAUGGUACAAAGAAGGACGACCGAAGCGACUGCAGUAUCUUUGUCUACGACUCGAACAAGUUCGGGAGGGAUAGAUUGGUAUUGGCGCAAAAUGCUGCAAAGAAGUUGAGGACAAUGAGGCAUCCAGGUGUUAUCAAGUUCCUGGAUUCGGUGGAAGCGGAUGGGGUUGUCUACAUUGCGACAGAGCGGGUUCAACCUUUGUCAUGGGACACCAAGCGGCAUGUUCUGGAUACGGAAUCAAUGAGAUGGGGUGUCUAUAGCGUUACGUCUACCAUGAAGUUCAUCAAUGAAGACGCCAAUUGCGUACAUGGUAACGUCCGUCUUUCUUCGAUAUUCACUACCGAGAGUGGGGAAUGGAGAGUUGGUGGGUUCGAGGUCCUUACUCCGGUUACGGAGGGUGAGAGUGGGAUGAUAUAUACUUACGGAGGACUUGUUCCUUCCGCAUCACGAUACGCUCCACCUGAGGUGGGCAGUUCAGGCUGGUCUGGAAUUCACGCGUCUCCAAAAGCCACUGAUGCUUGGGGUCUGGCGACGCUCAUUUACGAAUCGUUCAAUGGACCUUUCAACACCACCUCUGACCUUCAAAAGCAAGGCAAGAUCCCAAGUGACAUGUUUACGCACUACAAGAGAUUGCUGCUGCCAAAUCCCAAGACCAGACUGAGCAUCUCGAAUUUCUUGGAUCAAGGACGCCGCGAGAGGGGUUUCCUGAAAAGUCCCUUGAUCUCAGUAACAGAGAACUUGAGCAAUCUAACCCUCUUGAACGAGACUGAACGGAAUGCUUUCUUGGCGAAUCUGGAGGAGUCCGUUGAUCAAUUACCCGAGCCGUUUAUAAGAUUACGGCUGCUGCCUGAGUUGAUUAAGAGUUUCGAGUUUGGCGGCGGUGGAGAGAAGGUUUACAAGCUGAUCGUCAACAUCGCAUCGAAACUCGACGAGGAGCAGCAAGAAGCGAUCCUCGCACCCGCAGUGAUCCGACUUUUCGCAUCCGCUGAUCCCAACAUCCGAUUAGCACUCCUCGACUCGCUAGAGGAAGUCGUGGGUAUCCUCCCUAACUCCACAGUCAGCUCAAAGAUCUUCCCUAACCUCUCCGCUGGGUUUACUGAUCCCAAUCCCAUCGUGCGAGAAGCGACAUUGAAAGCAAUUCUCCCAAUUACACCAAAGCUGAGCGACAGAAUCUUGAACAACGACCUCCUCAAACACCUUGCACGGACACAUGUCGACCCGCAACCUGGUAUUCGUACUAACACUACUGUGGUCCUGGGUCACAUCGCGUCUCACCUCUCCGAAUCUACACGCAAGAAGGUCCUUACAGCCGCCUUUUCCAAGAGUUUGAAGGAUCCAUUCGUGCAUGCACGACAUGCUGGCCUGAGAGCGUUGGAGGUAACUGUGGAGUACUUCGAUAGGGAAGAUCUGGCGGGUAGGUUGUUGUCUGGGAUGUGUCCACUACUGGUGGAUGGGGAGAAGAUUGUCAGGGAGGAAGCGGCUAGAGUCAUCGAUGUGUUCCUCAAGCGGAUUAAGGAGCUUGCCAAGGAUAUGCCGGAAACCCUUAUCGACCCGAACGCUCCUCAACAUAUCUCGGAACUACCGAAACACCCUCCUCAACCUGGUUCGUUCCCCAGCAGUGCGAGUCUUGCAACGACCCUGCUAUCUUCCAACAGUGAUGCGGGCAUGGCUGGUGCAUUGGCUGGUUGGGCAGUAAAGUCCAUUGCUAGCAAAGUCAUUGAGAGCACCCGACCACUCAGUCCGCCGGCUGCGGCACAACCGGUACGUGUACCAUCUGCCCCCGCAGCCUCAACAGUAACGAUGUCAAGUUUCAAGCCUAUGGAUUUGAAAGCCUCGAAGCCCUCGGGAGGAUUUGGUGCAACGUAUGCGUCAAAGGUACCGCAAAGGCCAUCGAUCCCAGUGUCGAGCAAUACGUUCGGUGCGUCUAACCUGGAUGAGUAUGUUGACGCGUGGGAGCCUUUCGAAGAUGAGCCAAAGCCUAAGACGACUCCUCCAGCUCCUAGGACUACGGGCACCAAGAUCGGAGCAGCCAAUACGAGCACCAGACUUGCUGUCGCAGAUGACACGGGUGACCAAUGGGGUGAUGACGGGUGGGGAGAAGCGGAGGAGAACGACGCAUGGGAUUAACGGCAG